UAUUAGCUUGCCUUAUAAAUUGGAUAUAUAGUGGUCCAGAAGUAAAUCCUUUGGAAAAAUAAUGGCUAUGAUUUUGACCAAAUUCUAAAUCACUCCAAGAAAUUGCCCAAUAACUGAGAGAAUAUGAAUUGAUUAUUUGCAUAUGCGCUAAAGUCAAGCUCAACAAGACAGAAUGAUUUCGGUUACAAAUUGGCUUAAUUCAGGACAUUGGCAAAUCACUCAGAAAGGGCAAAGACAUGGGUCUGUUCAAGAGGGUUGCAAAAAUCUUUCAAUUGCUUUUGCUUUAUUUUUGGGUUGCUAACCUUGUUGAUUUUGCUCAAGCUGAUCCUCCUUAUCCCCUCUGCUCAAACAUUACUAAUCAGAACAGUUCAUUUCAGAGCAAUCUGAACAGCCUCUUGGAUUCUCUUCCCUCAAAUGCUUCUAUUUCAAAGCUUUAUGAUUCCUCUACUGGACAUGACCCAGAUAGAGUCUAUGCUCAAUAUAUGUGCCUCAACUAUGUAACAAAUGACACUUGCAGCACCUGUUUAACCUUAGCAACAGAUCAUAUCAGGCAAUCCUGUGCAAACAAUACAGAAGCAGUUGUAUGGGAGGAGGUAUGCCAAUUACGCUACUCGAAUCGAAGCUUCUUAGGCCAGUUGGAUGUUUCAGGCAAUCUUGGAUUAGAUAACAAAAAGGAUGUUUCAAAUCCACAACAGUUCAGAUCUAUAGUGAAUCAAACAGUGAGUAAUCUGAUCAAGAAGGCAGCAUUUAAUAAGUCUGCUAACAUGUAUGCUACUGGAGACGUCUCCUUCAUGGAUGCAGAGAAACUGUAUGCUCUAGUGCAGUGCACUACAGACUUAAAUUCAGCUGACUGCAAUACCUGCCUUCAGGUUGCCUUAGCAAACCUUUCAAGUUGCUGCUCUUCUUCUCGUGGGGCACGCCUUCUUAGCCGAAGCUGCUAUAUAAGGUAUGAGUUAUACGCCUUCUAUAAUGGCGAAACUGAUGAAUCUUCAGCUUCUGCACCAAAUCAGGGGACGGGGAAAAGCAAGCAAAGCAAGAUAUUGAUGAUUAUAAUCCUUACAAUAACAUCAGUAGUUCUGGUGGUUGCAGUCUUGUCCCUUUUCUGCUGUCUUUCUAUGAAAAAGGGAAAUAAAAAAAGGAAGAAUGAGAUUUCAAGUCAAGAAGUUCAAUUGCAUAGCAUUGCUGAGAACCAAGAUUUUCAAGGAAGGGAUGGCCUUGGAGCUAGGGAAUCUGGGUUUAUAGAUUUGGCAUCCAUACAUGCAGCUACAAAUAAUUUCUCCGAAUUGAAUAUGCUUGGACAAGGAGGUUUUGGCCCUGUUUACAAGGGCAUAUUGACUGAUGGAAAGGAAGUAGCAAUCAAGAGGCUUUCAAGUUUCUCUGAGCAGGGCACAGAAGAGUUCACAAAUGAAGUUCUGCUAAUAAUGAAACUUCAACACAAAAACCUUGUUAGGCUUGUCGGUUUCUGUGUUGAUGGAGAAGAAAAGCUGCUUGUCUAUGAAUUCAUGCCUAAUAGCAGCCUUGAUGUUAUCCUUUUUGAUCCCAGGAAACGUGCUCAACUGGAUUGGUGCAGACGGAUUAAUAUUAUAAACGGGAUUGCAAAGGGAAUUCUUUACCUUCAUGAGGAUUCUCGGCUUCGAAUUAUUCAUCGAGACCUAAAACCUAGCAAUAUCUUGUUGGAUAAUGAUAUGAACCCAAAGAUUUCAGAUUUUGGAAUGGCAAGGAUUUUUGCAAGCACAGAAGGAGAAGCCAAUACUGCUAGAAUAGUUGGAACUUAUGGAUACAUGGCGCCAGAGUAUGCUAUGGAAGGACUAUACUCCACCAAGUCUGACGUUUUCAGUUUUGGAGUUCUCUUGCUUGAGAUCAUAACCGGUAGAAGGAAUAAUGGAUUCCAAAAAUCAAAGAAUGUUCCUAACCUUACAGCAUAUGCAUGGCAUUUAUGGAACAGAGGAAAUGAGAAGGAGUUGAUGGACCCAUUGUUGAGUGAUUCGUUUUCUGUUGAUGAGUUCUCAAGAUACAUGAAUAUCGGAUUAUUAUGCGUUCAAGAAGAUGCUUUUGACAGGCCUACCAUGUCUUCUGUUGUUUUGAUGUUGAAAAGUGAAACUGUAACUCUUCCACAGCCUGAAAGGCCUGCCUUUUCUGUGGGGAGAUUCACAGGCCAUGAUUCUGCAAAUCCUAAUGAUUGUUCCGACAAUGGUUUAACCAUUUCUUGUGCUUUGCCUCGGUGAUGAAACUGAUGCAUUAGUUGUAAAAAAUAUUAACCAACCUGCCUGAUAUACGUAAAUUUAUCUGUGUUUCAAUUUGAAA